AAAAACAAACAUUACUCAUAAUCUAACCAUCACGUUUAAAAUAUCGAUACACACAGCGCAUCACUAGACCGCACCUCAGACGUUCAGUGUUACGUGCUAAGCGCAUGCGCGCGAUCGUGUACUAAAUUCAAACAGUUUUAAAUUGUAAAAAAAAUACUUUUUUAUAUGGCAGUGGUGACCCGACCGUGUGGUGAUUUCCAUUGUGUCAGAGGCAAAUCAUGCUUAGGAAGGACUUCUAAAACUGGCUGGACACUAAAAUCAACAUGCGAGUUCAUAAAAACACAGCUAUGCACCAUAGCAAUAUGUCUAACGCUGUUCAACUCGGUUCGGCUGCCGCGGGAGGCGUUCCGGUAUGGGGCUGUGCCAUACCUGGUGGUCUACUCGUUCUGGUUGCUGGCUGUGGGGCUGCCGACGACGCUGUUACAGUUGGCGAUGGGGCAGCUGAGCCAGCAAGAUCCUGUGGGAGUGUGGCGGGCUGUGCCUAUUCUUAGAGGUGUCGGCCAUUUAAAAGUUCUGACGUCAUACGUUUGUUGCGUAUACUUCAUGGUGUAUGUAGCGCUGUCGGCUGCUUACCUUGUGUGGAUAGGCAAAGGGUCCUUCCCUUUGAAGGAUUGCACUAAACUGCACAUAACGCCGCAUGGUUACGAAAAUAAAAUGAACGCAACCGAGUGUUUCAAUUCUACAUUUCUAGCGCCGUUCACGGAAUAUCCCCAGUAUUUAGGGAUAAUGGCGAUUUUAAUAUUUCUUCUGUGGUUUUUCGUCCCCAUUCUAUUAUACCGCCUCUACAAAACCUUGAAGACUACGCUGGCUGUAUUAACAACAUUCGUCGUGAUUAUCGCAAUACUUAUAUCUACAUUUCUGGCUAAGACUGCCGUUCUUGAUUCGAUGUUCGAGUCUUGCGUGCAAUGGUCAUCGCUGUCUCAGCCUUACAUUUGGCACAGUGCCUUGGUACAGGCCUUGUUGUCUACGCAAAUCAUGAGUGGGUACUUAACGAGUGCGGGAGGAUCUGUGUAUAGACAUUCUGAUGUUCGAUGGACGUCAGCUUUAGUAAUAAUGUCAAAUAUAUUUGGUGGCUGGCUUUGGGUGUUAAUGUGGGAAUCUAUCGGUGGGAGCGGCAGAAAAGACACCAGUUUCAUAUCAAUUCUAGUCUUAAUAUACCAGUCUUCUGUGGCAGAGAGAAGAAAUAAAGAAUGGCCGAUAAUGGCCUUCGGAGUAGUUUUCAUUUCUGGAAUUAUUACAGUGUUAGUACUCCUGUACCCAGUCUACGACAAGCUUCACCGAUUGACUGGUGAUCAUUGGCGGGUGUUUGCCUGUGCAUCGUCUGCUGUGGGUACCGCCCUCACAGUCGCUGUGCUAGCCAGAGGGUUGGAAGUAGCCAACAUGCUAGAUGAACUGGCGAUACCAGUACUAGCAGUGUUUACGUCAGCUGUGGAAGUCGUUGGAUUCGUUUUUAUUUAUGGUUGGUGUUACCUCACAGUUGACAUCGAAUUCCUCACCGGAGUAAAACUGCCUUACUUCUGGAUAGCCACCUGGUGGUCCACCCCUAUACUCCUGAUCGGGGCUUCAGUCUGGUGGCUCCGAGCCCUGCUGAGAGCCUCGUGGAGUUACGGGCAAACCCUUUGGCCGUUGCUAGCAGCCUUCAUAGUAAUACUGGUGGUCAUGUCGAUGCUUGCCGCUGUAGCAGUAGCAAAAGAGGAACAGUUUAAUUUAGUUGCCAAAAUAACUUCAGCAUUCCGACCGUCUCGGUUAUGGGGUCCAGAAGAGCCGAUGGCGCGAUACGUGUGGAUGUCACAACGAUAUGUCAACGAAGCACUUAGUACUGACAACGAUACAAGUUCUGAACAAAAUAACUACUCAACAGUGACAUACAGCAAAGAAAUGGACAAGAAAUACAAAGACGAAAUGUAUAGACACGAUCUGUACCAAAGGACCUACAAUAUUUACCACAAAAACGAUAUUAUUAACAAAGAUAAUGUGUACGGAGGCAUCAAGUCGAUAUACGGUACUCAUACAAUACCCAGAGGCAGAAAAAAGAGUAUGGACGAAAAAUAUCGAUCACCAAACAUUUGCAUAGCCAAAGGUAAAUUAGGAGGUCCAAUAGACUGUAGAUGUAAUAGACAUUUUACACUAAACGUUCCAGAUUUGAGGAGCAACGAAGUGACUACAAGUCUUUAGAUACGUACAACGAAAUAACCUAGUCGAAUUAUUUAUUUAAAAUUAUGUGAACACUUGAACAAAUAAUUGUAUGGGUAGGUUGAUAUGACAACCACACUGUGACUAACAUUUGGAGUUAUGAUAUUAUAAUUGUUGAAAUCGAUGA